AUUCCCGAAGACAUAAACGUCAAAGUGACAAACAGAUCAGGUGUUUAUGUUGGAUAUCAUCGAAGAGUGGAUUUUACUCAUAAAAUUGUAUGUUUUUGAAUAAAUAUGGUUGUCGGGGCCUUUCCUGCUGCAAAGCUUGGUGUAUUAGCAUUUAAACAACUGAGUAAACCGAUUGCAAAUGUUAUCAAAGAACGAGCGAAGAAAAGUCCCUUCUUUCGCGACUACAUUGCCAUGCCUCCUGCUCAAUUCUACAAUUGGGUUGAAGUGAAGACAAAGAUGUGGGCACUGAAUCUCGGCAAGCCGACCAAUGUACCACAGUUAAAUGAAGCAAUGGCAAUCGAAUUAGGUGCAAAUUUACUAGGCGAAGUUAUAAUAUUCACAAUUGGAGCCGGUCUGCUGAUUUUUGAAUAUGUUCGGCAAUCCAACAAAGAAGCAAAAAAGGAAGAAAGUAUUUUGAUGGAGAAGAAGGAACUUGUCAACACAAUAAAUGACUUAGCUCUGCAACUCGAACGACAGGACGCCCAGUUAAGAGAGAUAAAUAGAGUGGUCGCCGAACUAGAUUCUAGAAAUUGGAUACCUAAAAAGCUGAAAAUCCUGCCCAGCAGAAAAGAUGACAGCGAUGACGAGCCACCGUUAAAACUGAAUAAGUUACCAGUGCCAGCAUCACCGGAAACCGAUGGCAGUAGCAAAGUGAAAAAUGUUUCUGGUAAUUACGAUCCCCAGCGCGGAUACGUGUUUCAAGCGUUGAAUAUGAUUGAAAACGAAGUUUUUUAUAGCGACCCAGUCAGUGACCGACAAAAGGGCAUCAUCCCGAAUGCUUUAGUUUACUUAAAUUAUGAAAUUUACGAGUGAGUAAAACACAAACAUUGUACAUAAUAAAAUAGAGCCUCAGAUUCCACUCCAGAUUGUGUAAUGUGUAAACCGCAGUGACUAACCCGCAAUUUGUUUCAAACAAAACGAAAGAAUUGCGAAAAAUGGAUUGUGACAAAAUCAAUCGAUUGUUGAAUAAAAGUGGAAGAAACCGAUCAA